GCCCAGAUCGUAAAUUGUUGACGGAAGCGGGCCGAGUUAGUUCAGAUUCUAGUUGAAGCGCGGUGGUCGCGGCUUAGCCAGAUUGAUCUUCCCCUCGCUUGUUCGAGAAGGAGGACACGGGGAGGGCACCCGAUUCUAUUCUGCUGUUGCCACUGUUUCCGGAGCCGCAGAGGCCUGGAAAAGGCCGGGUAAGGCCAGCCCCUUCCUCCCGGGCCCAUGACCUCGGACUGGUUCCGGAAACGCUUCUUGGGGAAGACCAACCUGGGCGAUCGGGGACAGGAGCAGACGCCUGGCCGGUCCACCCCGGCCCCAACCCCGCCGCUUUACUGCAGGCCGAAGUUUCUGCGGGGAGUGGGCCUCGAGGCUCGGGAGCCUGGUCAGCGGCCCGUCUACUCUCCAGCCCGGGACCACCCGCUGCCCUGGCAUACAGGCUACGCCGAGGUCAUUAAUGCGGAGAAGUCAGAGUUCAAUGAAGACCAGGCAGUGUGUUGCCCGCUCUCAAUCCGCCGCCGGGAGGGUGGUUCUGAAGAGGAGCAGGAAUGGCUAAUCCUGUGUCAGGAGGAGUUCAUGACUGGCUAUUAUUGGGCACUGUUUGAUGGGCAUGGGGGCCCAGCUGCUGCCAUCCUUGCCUCCAACUAUCUGCACACCUGCAUUCGGCAGAAGCUGGAGGCUGUGGUGGAGGGUGUGCUGGCUACCCAACCCCCCAUGCACCUGAGUGGCCACCUGGUCUGCCCCAAUGACCCACAGUUCGUGGAGGAGAAACACAUAAGGCCUGAGGAUGUGGUGGUAGGAGCACUGGAAAGUGCCUUCCAGGAAUGUGAUGAGGUGAUUGGCCAAGAGAUGGAAACCAUGGGCCAAUCAAGUGGCUGCACAGCCCUGGCUGUCCUUUACCUCCAGGGAAAGCUGUAUGUGGCCAAUGCAGGGGAUAGCAGGGCCAUCUUGGUGCAGAAGCAUGGGGUCAUGUCCCUGAGCUCAGAAUUCACUCCUGAGACCGAGAGGCAGAGGAUCCAGUAUUUGGCCUUUGUCUACCCUAAGCUCCUGGCAGAUGAGUUUACACGACUGGAGUUUCCCCGGAGAUUGAAGGGGGAUGACGUGGGUCAGAAGGUCCUGUACCGGGACUAUGGGAUGACAGGCUGGGGCUACAAGCGUGUGGAGAAGGCUGACCUCAAAUACCCGCUGGUGCAUGGGCAGGGCAGGCAGGCUCGCUUGCUAGGCACGCUGGCUGUGACCCGUGGCCUGGGAGACCAUCAACUGAAAGUCCUGGACACGGACAUUGAGGUCAAACCCUUCUUGUCAUCUAUUCCCCAGGUACAUGUGAUGGACCUGGAGCUGCCCAGUGUUGGGAAAGAUGACAUCAUCAUCAUGGCAACAGAUGGUCUGUGGGACAUCCUAUCCAGUGAGCAGGUGGCCCAGGUGGCCCGGAGCUUCCUCCAAAAGAACAGAGGCGAUCCCUACAGGGUGCUCCUCGGUGACGCGGAGACACAGAGCCUGCGAGAAGAGCAGGGUGAGGGCCACCUGAAGCCUUGGCUGGGUGUUAAGGGGACUGGAACCCCAGGGGAGUUAGCCUAGGGGCACACCUUGAGAAGAGCACAGGGCCCUAUUAUUUUGAGUUGCUCACCACACCUGCCCUGCACCCCCGCCUCAAUUCCCCUUUCCCUAGUCUUCCCAGCCCAAGUCUGCAACAUUUUUCAGCUCUCUUCAGUAACACGCAUGUCCAACCUGAUUGUCUUGUAUCUAUUCUAGUACUUAAUGCAAAGCAAGCACUUAAUAAACACCGCUAUUAUUAAUGGACCAAGGUUUAUUGCUCCUCUACCUCUUCUCCGACACUCUCUGGCCUUAGUCCUUUCUUCCAGCCUUGCCUGAGGCCCCUCCAUUAGGUAACUUAGAAAAGACAGGUGAGAGUAAAGAGCCUCCCCACUUCACCCAAGAUCAGCUGGAGCAUAUCUGCUGUGCAUCCAACUGUCAUAAGGAGGCCCAGGCAGGGGCAUUACUGUGUUGGAGAAAUAGCAUUGAGCCUGGGGGCCAGAGACCUGAGUUCUGGGUCAAGCCAUGCCCACAACACCAGAUGUGCCAGUGGCCUAGAUACUGCCUUUCUGGGAAGAAGAGGGUUUGCCCUCCCUCAUCCUCUUUUCCUGCUUCUUUUGCUCUGUCAGGUGCUUUGAAAUCAGAAGAAAGGAACUGUACUAGUAUGACUGGCCUCUUCCUUGACCUUCCAUCAGUAAAGACCCCAAUGAUUAACUCAUACUUGGCUGGUGGCAGCAUAGUCUGCCCUCUCAAUCUAACUCUGGUGAUGGAGCUUCCCCCUACUCCCGAGUAAUGCCUAGCUCCUGGGGUGCUGGCCCACCCAGGGUCUAGAAAAGGAGCCACAGAGACUGAGGAGGAUUUUGAUCGGCUCUGAACGUACGCCCCACUUCCCUCCCUACCCCUACCCCUCUUGACACCCCCCCCCCCAACCCCUAGCCUUCUUUCAAGAAUGUAUCACAAUAUACUCUCAGUUCUGGGAGGAGAGAGUGCCAGGGACGGUUAAUUCUUUGGCUGUAUAAAUCACCUCAUUGCUUGUCUGUGUGUCUCUUUCUCUGGGGGCUGACAGGAUCUUGGGAAGACAGCAGGAACAUAGGAUUGCCUCAUCUCUGGGCUGCUGGGGUUGGAUUGAAAACCUGAGCAUUGGUUGGUGGCAGGGCCCCCAGUCAAUCCCAUUUCUAGGGUCCGGGUGGGCGGUGGACCUUCCCUAGAGAAAUUUUAUGCAUCACAGCUAUACGUAUCCAUGGCAAUAUCCACUGCUGCUAUGGACUAGUCAAGAUCUAGAGAUUAUACAACUCAGCCAUUCAGAAAGUAGAAGCCCACUUCAUAUUACUUCAUAUGUGAGUUCAAGGAUGUUAAUGAGAAGAUGCCAAGAUGGACUUGUAAACUACAAGCAUUGAUGUCCCAGCCUGAUUCACACCAAGUUCCUAGUACAGGGAUUAAUUAUGUCUCCCUAAAAUAAAAGCAUUUACACCUGUAGCA